GACUGACACUGUAGCGAAAGCAGGUUCAAUUAAAGCAUUCGAUAAGGAAUUGGAUUAUUAUCCAAAAGCAAAGCACGUGCAAGGUCACGGGGAGAAGAUCAUGGGGGGGUCACCUGAUAAAGUCCUCUUUUGACAACACAGUGGAUCAAAUGCUUCCUCCAGCACUGAAACAAUUUGUUGAUUCUGCGAAAUGAAUCGAAGCUGCUUGCAUUGACAUGGCACCCAUAAUGUGGUAGGGUGCCCUAAGGUGCGUCACAGGAGCUAUUACCAUAUAAACGUUUACACUCAAUCACCUGAUACAGCAUUAGGGCAGGUGACUAGAAGCCUGGUCAAAGAAAAGGGUUCUAAGAAGCAGACUGAGGGAAAGAGGCGAGGUGGAGAGGUGUAGAAGUAUACAGAGGGAGUUUCAGAGUUUAAGUGCCAGACAGCUGAAAGUGCAGUCGCCAGUAGUGGGUCAUUUAAAUCAGGAGUUGCCAGAGGAAAGCAGAGAUCUUAGAGGGUUGUGAGGCUAGAGGAGAUAACAGAGAUGUGGUGGCCAAGGGCAUGGAAGGAUCCAAACAUGCCUUUUUAAAAGAAUGUUCAGAAACUAACUUUAUCUGUACUUGAACUUCUAGAUUUCUGGUCCCUUGAGGACCUUUAUCGUGAAAUGGUGAAAGUCUACGCUGAGAUUGUUGAGAAAAUCCAUAAACGACGACCAGACCCAGCGACCAUUGAAGGCUGCACCCAACUCAAACCCGAUAACUAUGCCCUGGGAUGGCACACCCCUUUCAAUGAGAAAGGGUCAGGAUUUGGGGCAGCCACUAAAGCCAUGUGCAUCGGGAUGCGGUAUUGGCAACCUGAGAAACUGGACAAUCUCGUGCAAGUGAGCAUCGAAUCAGGGCGAAUGACACACAACCACCCUACAGACAAAAGAAUAACACCUAGUGAAAUUAAUCCAAAGGUCUACAAGGAAUGGAGUUCAGAAGGUGUUGGUGGGAGGAGAGGGCACGAUGCGCCAAUGAUCGCCUACGAUGCCCUCCUCUUCGCUGGCAGUGACUGGACUGAACUAUGUCAUCACGCCAUGUUUCACGGGGGUGAGAGUGGGGCCACUGGAUCAAUUGCUGGCUGUCUCUACGGCCUCCUUUAUGGAAUGGCAAACAUCCCCAAAGGCUUAUACAAGAAUUUGGAGUUCAGGGAGAGACUGGAGGGGCUUGCAGAAGAACUGUACAAAGCAGCAAAUGUCAGCAAAACCCCUUGAGAGGUACAAGGGGGCAAAACCAGGUCACAACAUUUCAGAUUUCCUGUCAUCUGUAAAGUUACUGAAUGAACCACGAAUAAUAAAUGGAUACCGCGACAGAUGUAAAAGAUAACUCACAGUGAGCACAGCUCUGUGACUUGAUGA